AUGGACAACCUCAGCGAACGGACCUGGCCGUGCUCUGUAAAGCGAGACGUUUUACAGAAGCAGGAAGACCUCCGUGUGGAUGGCCGUGGCUGUGAGGACUACCGAUGUGUCGAAGUGGAAACCGACGUGGUGUCCAACACCAGUGGGUCUGCCAGGGUCAAGCUGGGUCACACAGACAUCUUGGUGGGAGUGAAAGCCGAAAUGGGGACGCCGAAGCUGGAGAAACCCAAUGAAGGGUACUUGGAGUUCUUCGUUGACUGUUCAGCCAACGCUACUCCUGAAUUUGAAGGCCGGGGAGGUGAUGACCUUGGCACGGAGAUUGCUAACACCCUCUACCGGAUAUUUAACAAUAAGAGCAGCGUUGACCUGAAGUCCCUCUGCAUCAGUCCCCGGGAGCACUGCUGGAUUCUCUAUGUGGACGUGCUGCUGCUGGAAUGUGGCGGGAAUUUGUUCGAUACCAUCUCCAUUGCUGUAAAGGCUGCUCUCUUCAAUACAAGGAUACCAAGAGUUCGGGUUCUAGAGGAUGAAGAGGGGUCCAAGGAUAUUGAACUCUCGGAUGACCCUUAUGACUGCAUCCGGCUAAGUGUGGAGAAUGUCCCCUGCAUUGUCACCCUGUGCAAGAUUGGCUACCGGCACGUAGUGGAUGCUACUCUCCAGGAGGAGGCCUGCUCCUUGGCCAGCUUGCUGGUGUCCGUGACCAGCAAGGGAGUCGUGACAUGCAUGAGGAAAGUGGGGAAGGGCAGCCUGGACCCAGAGAGCAUCUUCGAGAUGAUGGAGACUGGCAAGCGAGUGGGCAAGGUGCUGCACGCCUCCCUGCAGAGCAUUCUACACAAGGAGGAAAGCCUGGGGCCCAAGAGACAGAAAGUCGGAUUCCUGGGAUGACUCACGUCAGCGCAAACACGGGCUGCGUGUUUCUUCCUUUUCCUUUUUUAAGCCGCAGUUUGUAUAUAUUUUUCUUACCUGCUGUAAACCUGAGCUGACAUUCGUACGUGUAAAAUU